AAGUCGGUGCGUUUCAGUAUAAGGAAGGACUGAGUGAAAUGUUUGCACUCUUUUAUAGCAGGAAAACAAACUUAGGGGUUUCAUUUCUUGGUUUUAUUUACGUUUCAGCUACAAAGUAACCAAACGAUGGUUUCUGCAAGACUAGCUCAAAGCCUGUGCAGAGGAGUCUAUCGAGAAGCAACGCUAUGGAAAGCGCUUACAGGCGUAGAGGCGACUUGCUCCUCGUGCAGGUGGUUUCAGCGUUCGGUGAAGGAGCUGUCAACCAGCGCACGUUUCAGCGGUGCCGCCGGGGAGCUGCAUAAGCCACUCAAGCAGUGGACUUUAAUCGUGAAUUCUUACAGCACCGUUAAAGUGCAGCUACCGUGCAAUGUAUCUGUGCGGCCCUUAGACCCUCAUAGCUUCCCGGAGGCAGACAGAGCAUUUAUAACCGUAAAUGGGACCAGCGCCGAUCAGGGACUCAAGCUGGAUAAUUUUCAUGUAAAAUACAACGAAAAGCGCAAAGAACUCUUCAUCACGUCGGAGAAAAUCAGCAGUAAUAUGUCCGUGGAAGUGACGGCCCCAAUAAAUUGCGAUUUGGAUAUUAAAACACUUGGGGAAGGCAAUGUGAAGAUACAAAAAAUGGAAUGUGAAAAUUGUACCAUUUUAACAGAAAGAGGACACAGCAUUUUGCAUUCAAUAAAGGGACACACUGUACAUGUACAUUCUAAAGGUGGAAAUGUUAUUUGUUUGGGAACCAUUUAUGGAAAUAUAGAUGUCAGUACCUCAAAAAACAGUCUUGUGGAUAUUGCAAAGUUGCAAGGGACCAGGAUGAGAAUUUCUACUGAGCAUGGGGCAGUGAAAGCUAAACAUAUUUAUGCAGAAUCUUCUGUUGUCUCUUCUGUAUCUGGCAAGAUUGAACUGGGAAAUGUACAUGGUAAUAUAUCAGUGCAGAGUGAAAGUGGAGACAUUAUUGUUGAUGGAUCUGAUGGCUACUUAAAUGCACUUGUGAAGGAUGGAGACAUUGAUGCAUAUAUUAGCCAGUUUGGCACAGCAGACAUAGAAAGUCAACAGGGUGCUGUAUCAGUCAGGGUACCAUCAUCCAUAAAGACAAAUAUCCUGUUAUCAGGUGCUGUGGUAGAUGUUAGCCCUGAAAUUCUGCUUGAAGAAGUGUAUCAGUCCUGCGAAGAUGGUCAUACCAAGCUUACUGCCUGUAUAAAUGGAAAAGCAGAUAAAAACGGUUGGAUCAAGGCCCACGCUGCAAAGGGUACAGUGAGUCUGAGGAGCCAAAGUUGGGUGGAAUCCCUCAAGAUUGGAAAGUCAUAGAGCUGGUGUGGAAAGCCACGACACAAGAAGGGUGGAUAUUUUGUAAAGAAGUUAUUUUAAAGUAAAGGAAAGGUGUUGUGCGAGGGGAGAAAUCAUUGAAAGCACAACUGUAUUUGUGAAGAUGGUCAGUUUUGACACUGUGGUUGCUAUUCUCUUGUCAGAUUUUUUAGAAGAAUAGUUUUACGUUUUUAAGCACACUGAGGUGUAUCUUCUCUUGCUGUGACUAAUUUCAAACUGCUGACUUAGUUUCCUUAUAAUGUAUAGGAGUUCAAAUAUGUAUGCUUUAGUGAACACUAAAUGAAAUGUUCUAUAUUUAUAUUACACAGAAAAUAAAUAGGCUGCGCACUGCUCUUGACACCACAACCUGAUUAUUUUAAGACUGAUGCUUUUGUUAUAUAUGCAUCAAUACAGUUUAAAGCAGUACUUAUCAAUAGAAUUAGCUGCACAAAAUAAAACCUGUGAAAAUUGUAAGAGAUAAAGUUUAUUUUAAAAACCACAAUGAGUGAAUCAGCAGUUAAUUGGCAAUUAUAAAAAAAAUGUGUUAAUUGUAAGACUGUUGCUAUGCAAAGACAGCAAUAAAACUGUUUCCAGGUAUAUAACUUUAAACAGUGCCUUGAAGAUUUAAUUCUGUUAUGACCCAUUACAAGUUACAGAACAAUGGAUUAAACUUGUCAUGUGUUAAGUAGGCACUUUACUGCUCAAUGUUGAUUUCUGUGUUUAUUGUCAGUCAGUCAUUAUCUAACCCGCUUGGUCCUGAGCAUUUUUAGGACAAGGCUGCUACAGACACUUAACUUUAGACAGCAUUUGUUUUAUCGACUGUGCCAUGUCUCCUGUUAUAUGGACUUUGUCAUUUGAAAUAACUUUUUCACUAAAAGGUGUGUUUUCAGAAAGUCAGUGAUAUCUUUUUAUUGUAAAAUUGAUUAUUCAUAACAUAUCAUAGUUUGAAGCCUUUUUAACUUUUUUGAAAUUGUUUGUUGAUUUUAAUAGAGCAAGUUUUUACCAAAUCAAAUGAAAAUCUCUGUCAUAAAGACAUCCAGAGUCUAUAUGGGAAAUGAAAAGGUGAGACUAUUCUUAUUAGUCUGUUCCUACCACUGUGCUUUGUUUAUGGAUUGAAAUUGUUUCCCAGUACUUUAGUGAGACUU